GCUAUCUUUACCAGAGCGGCCGUAUCAGAUCUAGAGUACUUCGGCGUUAGACUUUCUUCCCUUUCAUCUAUCAUGUCCCCAGUCAAGAACAAGGUCUGCCUGAUUGUUCACGAUGGAUGGGGCCAUAACGACAAAUCUGGCGGUAAAGGUGAUGCCAUCCACGCCGCAGAUACAACCAACAUGGACACUAUCUCUAAUAACCACAACGUCCGCAACCUAGCCGCCCACGGUACUGCCGUCGGGCUCAGCGAUGGCCUUAUGGGCAACUCUGAAGUCGGUCAUCUCAAUAUCGGUGCCGGUCGUAUCGUCUGGCAAGACAUUGUCAAGAUCGACGUAUCCAUCAAAAAGAAAGAGUUUCACAAAAACAAAACCAUUCUUCAAUCCAUCCAACACGCAAAGGACGGAAACGGGCGUUUACAUUUCCUCGGUCUCAUAUCCGAUGGUGGCGUUCACUCUCAUAUUAAUCACCUUUACGCUCUGCUCGAAACAGCCAAGGAACAAAAAGUACCCAACGUUUAUGUUCACUUUUUCGGUGACGGCCGCGAUACCGCUCCCCGUUCAUCUGCCAAGUACGCACAGGAUCUACUCGACUUCAUCAAAAACGAGCUAGGCGAUUAUGCUCAGCUUGCUACUAUUGUUGGAAGAUAUUAUGCUAUGGACCGGGAUAAGAGGUGGGAGAGGAUAAAGAUCGCCGUUGAUGCUUUGGUGAAAGGUGAAGGGGAGUCCAACUCGGCCGUGGUAGACGCCAUCAAAGCCAGUUACGACAAAGAUAUCACUGAUGAAUUCCUCAAACCUAUCAUCGUCAAUGGUGAAGAGGGGAGGAUUAAAGAUGGCGACACACUCUUCUUCUUCAACUAUCGUUCUGACAGAAUGAGAGAAAUCGUCUCUGUCUUUGGCCUUCCUGAUAAACCAAUGAAAAUAGACGUUCCCAAAGACUUGCACAUUACCACCAUGUCCCGUUACAGCGUAGACUAUCCAUUUUCCGUCGCCUUCCCUCCUCAGGUCAUGGACAACGUCCUCGCCGAAUGGCUCUCUAAACAAAACCUCGCUCAAGCCCAUGUUGCCGAAACCGAAAAAUACGCUCACGUCACCUUCUUCUUUAACGGCGGUGUCGAAAAACAAUUCCCCAAAGAAGACAGAUUCAUGAUCCCUUCCCCCAAAGUGCCCACUUACGACAAAGACCCCGGAAUGUCCGUUCUGGGUGUAGCCGAAAAAGUCGCAGAACUUGUGAAAGAAGACAAACACGACUUUGUCAUGUGCAACUUUGCUCCUCCUGAUAUGGUUGGCCACACGGGUGUAUACGACGCUGCUGUUGAAGCGGUCACAAAAACGGAUGAAGCUGUUGGUGUGGUGUACAAGGCUUGUAAAGAGAAAGGCUAUGUUCUCGUCAUCACCAGCGAUCACGGAAACGCAGAAAAGAUGAUCAAUGAAGAGACUGGAGAUCCGCAUACUGCUCACACGACGAAUCCUGUACCUCUUAUCAUUACAGGUGAUAAGGACAAAUUCAAGAUGAUUGAGGAUAAAGAAGACGAAGAAGGCGGAGCUCUUUGUGAUGUUGCUCCGACUUUAUUGGAUAUUAUGGGUAUUCCGAAGCCGGAGGAGAUGGAGGGGAGGUCGUUGUUGAAGAAGGAUUAGAUUUAAAAUACAAAGAUGUACAUAGAAGUAGAUCAAUCAAUGUAGAAUGUCCGCAUGCC